GUGAAGGCUGAGAGGUGGCGGGAGCCCCACUCGAGAGGUGAACCCCCCGCGCACCACAGAACCCCCGAGUAAGAGCACGAAGCACCUCCCGAACUGCAGCCAUGAACGGGACAGAAGGCCAAGACUUCUACGUGCCCAUGUCCAACAAGACUGGGGUGGUGCGGAGCCCCUUCGAAUACCCCCAGUACUACCUAGCUGAGCCCUGGAAGUUCUCAGCACUGGCUGCCUACAUGUUCAUGCUGAUCCUGCUUGGCUUCCCCAUCAACUUCCUCACACUGUACGUCACCAUACAGCACAAGAAGCUCCGGACACCUCUAAACUACAUCCUUCUGAACCUGGCAGUCGCUGACCUCUUCAUGGUCUUUGGUGGCUUCACGACCACCAUGUACACUUCAAUGAACGGGUACUUUGUCUUUGGAGUAACAGGGUGCUACAUCGAAGGCUUCUUUGCCACGCUGGGUGGUGAAAUUGCUCUGUGGUCGCUGGUUGUCCUGGCUAUCGAAAGAUACGUGGUGGUCUGCAAGCCCAUGAGCAACUUCCGCUUUGGAGAGAACCACGCCAUCAUGGGUGUUGCCUUCUCCUGGAUCAUGGCGCUGGCGUGCGCGGCUCCCCCGCUGUUCGGCUGGUCCAGGUACGGGCAGCA